AUGAACUCUUUAUUAAAAUCAGAAUAACCAUAUUUAAAUCAAUAACGCAAAUCAACAAUCAGUCCAGAGAUACAAAAACAGAUAUAAAGCACUCUCCAUAGAAGGAUUAAUUAUUCUUAAGCAGAUUUAAUUACUCCUAUUACAGUUAAAUAAAAUCACAAAAAACAGAUUAUAACUUAAGGUUUACAAUAAUUGUUAAAAUCAAGUCCUUAUUUAAAGUUAGUUCAAUAGAAAUCUUAACAAUAACUUCAAAUUUAAGAUAGUUUUUCUUAACAAUAUUUGAAUGGAUAUACUCCUACUCCUAAUUAAUUAUCUACAUAAAUACUUUUUAAACCAGAUAUACGUACUCCUUCAUUAAAUUCAACUACAUCAAGCAGUAUUAAGCCAAGGAUGAGAAACAACACUAAAGACCAAAUACAAAAAAAAUCUUUUGACUCUAUAAAUGUUACUUCUAACAGAGAAAAAGAGAGAUAAACAAUAUCGCAACUAUAAAGCAUAAUUUAAAGAUCUUCAAUAUUAUUGAAAUCUUAUAGAGAUGAAUUGUAAAAACAGAUAAAUGAGAAAUAAGACCUAAUCAAAUAAAUUUAAAUAUUAGAAGAAAUUAGAAUUAAAUAAUGA